GACAGGGAUGUCGCAUGUGUACAGAUUGUAAAGCCCUCUGAGGCAAAUUUGUAAUUUGUGAUAUUGGGCUAUAUAAAAUAAACUGAAUUGAAUUGAAUUAACGCGAGAGACGAACAGCUGGAUCGCUCUGUUUGAUCCCGGGCGCCGCAUUCAUUUCUGCUUGUCAGCUGGCAGCUGCAUUUUAAUGAUAAAGUCCACCACCGCUUGACCCAAAUAGCCCAGCCAGACAAAAGCCUUGAACAUCUUGUUAUCUAUCCUGCCAUUUCCAUUCAUGAUUCGUGAGAGCUCGACAUCCAGGUUCGAUGCAAGGCAACAGUCAUGGGCCCAGGCGCUGCGUCUGACCCUAAAGCAGGAUCCUCAGAGGAAAGUCACGGAGAAGCCGACGCAAGGGAGAUCUCGGAAUCGGGUUCCAAUGGCGAGAAACAGCCCGAGAGCGGCGCGUCGGACAAGAGAUACCCGUGCUCCGUUUGCGGCAAGGCCUUCGACAGGCCGUCGAAGCUGGAGAGGCAUAGACCUGUGCACACAAGGAAGCCCAAGACCCUGCACCAGUGUCAGCACUGCGAGAAGAGUUUCGUGCAGCACGAGAAGCUGCUCCGGCACCAGAAUUGCCACAGCCGGACGAACAAGCACCCCUGCCCCGACUGCGGGAAGGUGUUCAACAGGCCAUCGAAGCUCGAGAGGCACAAACGCACUCACGCCAAGAAGCCCAAGGUGCCCCACCAGUGUUCGUACUGCAUGAAGACGUUCAGUAAGCUGAACAAGCUUGUCCGCCACAGGCGGAUGCACACAGGGGAGAGGCCCUUCACCUGCUCGGUCUGCGGCAAAGGCUUCUCUGAGUCUGGCCACUGCAAGGCGCACGAGAAGACGCAUGAGGAGCAGCCAGAGAAGCCUCACUGCUGCGCCAACUGCGGCAUGUGUUUCUUCAAGGCUUCAGAGCUCCGCCGGCACUUCCGCUCCCACACGGGGGAGAAGCCCUUCCGGUGCACCCUGUGCGAGAGCUGCUUCUCCCGCUCCGAAGGACUCAAAAGGCACAUGAGGAGCCACACGGGGGAGAGACCCUACAAGUGCAUCAUCUGCGCCAAGGGUUUUUAUUCCCGCCAGGAUAUGAAUAUUCACGGGUUGACCCACUCGGGGGAGAAACCGCACCUCUGCCCUGUGUGCGGCAAGGGCUUCUCCCAGCUGGGCAACAUGAAGGAGCACGAGCAAAAUGUCCACAUUAAGUCCGAGAAGUACAUCUGCAACGAGUGCGGGGCGACCUUCACGCGGUACAAGUCGCUGACAAAGCACCAGAGGACGCACACAGGCGAGAGGCCCUAUCUGUGCCUCACCUGCGGUCGCAGGUUCUCCUGGAGCCACUCUCUCAGCAGACACCGGAGGACGCACGCACACAGACAGAUGUCUGCGGACACGUCGAAAGACAGACUGAGUUUUGAAGGACCCUCUGAGAAUCCCAGUUGCUGAGAGACAGAAGUAAGAGACAUUUCAUCAUUCGAGCGAGCUCAUUCGAGAUCAAACGUAGUCAUUUCUAGUAUUAUCUUGCGCACCAAGAACUCUUUGAAAGCUUUGUGACUCUUCACCUUGCUGACUGCCUUAUUUUGCCACAAGAUAUCCGUACGGUAUUCUUAGUACAGGCCUCCAGAUUAGCUUCUUUUUUUUUUUAUCUCAAUAUUUCUAUUGAUCCGAGUUGUGUUCUGUUAUUUGGGUGAAGGCAGAUCAUGUGGCUACUUCAGUCCACUGUUGUAUGUGGUGAAGCCCUUUUUACAUCUUGCUUCAUGACAGAUUGGGAGUCGCCUUUAGCUCGUGUGGAAAAAUGUCCCGGAGUGAAUUCCUGUUUGUUGUCAACCAAAAUAUGUGUCACAAUCAAAGUAGAGUACAAGACCUGCACUUCGUAUUUGACGUUCAACCGAACCGAUGCCAGAAACCAUAUUGCGACUGUAUGAUCGAUGGAGACGUCAGUGUGAAGUCUUGACUGAAUCUGAGUAAACGUCUGCCUCCCCAACAGUGUUCAUAGCUUCAGCUGAGGUUAUCUGCUACUUCUCGCAAACAGUUCCACAGGAGGCACACAAACAUUCAGCAGCUCACGAUUGGUGCACUGUUCAGUCCAUACCAGUAGCUUAUCAAUUUUCUAAAAUGUUAUUUGCUUUUUUACAUUUUUUUAUUACAAUAACACUGAAAUGCCAAAAAGAAAUCCGUUUUUGUACUUUUUUAAAUUAAACCUUCACAACAACAUAACAGUUUCCCUCUGAUAUGAGUGGGGUGAAAUGAAAAUGAAUUUAUUUCUUCUUUUUUCUCAGUUCAACUUUAUAUAAUAUGUGUCACACAUAUUAUAUAAAAUGUGCUCAAAUGUACUUUCAGUUGUGCACUGACUAAGAUGUGAAUUCACCUUUGAGCUUUGCUAGUCUCUCUGGAAAGCUAUUUUAUUGAAAGUAUAGUCACAAAAUAAAUUGUCUUCAUAACAGCUA